AUGGCUCGUCCCUCAUACCACAGGUUAUUCAACCAAAGAAUUCUGAAAUUGGUGAUGGUUUUGGUGGGCUUUUGUUUGGCUUGUUGCAUUUUAGGACCACCAUUAUACUGGCACUUCAAGGGGAGUUCGAGAGCUCAAACUUCAUGUGGUUCAUGUGAUUGUGGCUGUGAUUCAGAUACCACCUUCUCCAUUACUCUAGAUUGUGGCGAUCAUGACCCAGACAUGAAAGAAGAAAUGAAGAAGGGGAGAUUGGCUUUACUAGCAGAGGAGUUACGUCUCCAGAAAAAUGUAACUGAUGACCGCCUGGAACGCACCAAGGAACUAACAACGGAAGUUAGGAAAGCCUCUUCACAGUACAGAAAGGAAGUAGAAAAAUGCAGCAUAGGAAUAGAAACAUGCGAAGAAGCGAGGGAGAAAGCUGAAGCAGCCCUAGUGGAUGAACUUAAGCUUUCAGCAUUGUGGGAGGAGCGAGCUCGUGAACUAGGAUGGAGCCAUGGCAUAUAG